AAAUGAAAGAGUGGCACGUGGGAGUUGAAAGGCACACGUGUAUAAAGAAACAAGAUGAGAAGACAAGAAAGAAAGACAGAGAAAGGAGUAAAGGCUGCUAACGUUAGUUCUUCCCUUCCCAAGCCAGCUAGAUAGAUACAUGAUCAUGGCCAUGAAACGUGUUGCUUCCUCUGCGGUUCGCUCUCUGCUCGCCUCUUCUUCCACCUUCACCAGAAACCUUCAUGCCCCAGGUGAAAGGAAGAAGAUUGUAGGGGUAUUCUACAAAGGGAAUGAGUAUGCUUCACUGAAUCCCAAUUUUGUUGGAUGUGUUGAAGGAGCAUUGGGUAUACGUGAGUGGUUAGAAUCACAGGGUCAUCAGUACAUUGUCACUGAUGACAAAGAAGGACCUGAUUCUGAACUUGAGAAACACAUUCCUGAUCUCCAUGUCCUCAUAUCCACUCCAUUUCACCCUGCAUAUGUCACUGCUGAAAGAAUAAAGAAGGCCAAAAAUCUAGAGCUGCUUUUGACUGCUGGCAUUGGUUCCGAUCACAUUGAUCUCAAAGCUGCAGCGGCUGCUGGGUUAACUGUGGCAGAGGUCACAGGAAGCAAUGUGGUGUCGGUUGCAGAGGAUGAACUCAUGAGAAUCCUCAUUCUAGUGAGGAAUUUCUUGCCAGGGUACCAUCAGGCUGUUAAAGGGGAAUGGAAUGUUGCUGGCAUUGCACAUAGAGCUUAUGAUCUUGAAGGCAAGACAAUAGGAACUGUUGGUGCUGGACGAAUUGGGAAGCUUUUACUCCAAAGGUUGAAACCUUUUAACUGCAAUCUUCUCUAUUUUGAUCGAGUUAGGAUGGAUUCUGAGCUGGAGAAAGAGAUUGGAGCAAAGUUUGAGGAGGACCUUGAUGCGAUGCUUCCAAAGUGUGAUGUAAUUGUUAUCAACACCCCUCUCACUGAGCAAACAAGGGGAUUGUUUGACAAGAAUAGAAUUGCGAAGUGCAAAAAAGGUGUCUUGAUUGUUAACAAUGCUCGAGGGGCAAUUAUGGACACCCAAGCACUUGCUGAUGCUUGCACUAGUGGCCACGUUGCAGGUUAUGGUGGUGAUGUUUGGCCCAUACAACCAGCCCCAAAGGAUCAUCCAUGGCGCUACAUGCCAAACCAUGCUAUGACUCCUCAUAUUUCUGGCACCACCAUAGAUGCACAGUUACGUUAUGCUGCUGGGGUCAAAGACAUGCUUGAUAGGCACUUUAGGGGUGAAACCUUUCCAGAACAAAACUACAUUGUCAAGGAGGGUCAACUUGCAAGCCAAUACCGGUGAAGUCGUGUGUAUCAAUGUGGCCUUAGAAACUUCCAUUUUUAAGGCCAAGGGGAUGAACAAAUAAAGAUCUAGCUAGAGGGCACUGUAAUGAUGUGUACUUGCUUUGUUGAAUUUGAACUCGUUUAUUCGAAUCUCGGAAAUAAAAUUGUAAGCAACACUCCAUGUUCCAUGUAUGAGUCUUGUGUUAUUCGAAUUCGAAUUUGUAAUA